AUGACUAGCAAGCAGAAAAACUAGAAUAGCAGAUAAGAGAAUAUUCUUGGAAAGACUGAAUAAUUAGAUAAAGAGCUUUUGAGGCUAUUUGAUUAGAUAAAUGCAACUCUUUCUGGGCAAAUCAAUUAUUUAAAUGAGUAUAAAUAAAUAUUUAAAAAUUAUCGCAAUACAAUUUAGGAAGGAACACUUAAAAACAUAAAUGCUAUAUCAGAUAAAGUUUGUAAAUUAGUUGAAGACACAAUUUAAAAGCAAGUUUAUAGUAAAAUAGAAAAUAAUUGGAGAGUAAAAAUUCAAUAAUAACAUGAGAAAUGUUUUUAAGAAAUAGUAUCAAGUUUGUAAAACACUUUUAGUCAAAUAGAUGAGCUAGCAAAAUAGAAUAACCAUUAUACUUCAUUGAACAUUAUUUCAAUAAGAAGUUUGUAUGAUAAUUAACUCUCUUAAUCCAAGCUUUAAUUAAGAAAUAUAAAUGAAGAUAAUCUUAUAAGAUUAUAAAAUCAAAUAGAUGAUCACUUCAAAAAAUAUGUUUCAUUGUAUUAAAAAGCUGAGCAAAUUUAAGCUUUAGCAGAUUCUGAAAGUGCAAAGUAUAAAAAUGAAGCAUAAUAAAAGAAUAAGCAACAAGAAAAGUAAGGAGAAAACUAAACCUCUUCAACACAGGGUGCAAUUAGUACAAAUGAUGACGAUGAUGAUGUUGGUUUUUCAAAAAAGACUGAAAAAAAAGAAAGUAAAAAUAAUGAUGCUGCCAAUUAAAGCGGGCUCUUAAGUAAAAUAAAAAAUAUAUUCAAGAAAGAGGAUAGCAGGGCUUCUUAAGUUAAUUUGGAAGGAGUUUCUAAUGAUUUUAGAUACUGUCCAAUUAAAAAGCAAUGGAUUUUUGAAGGGCAAGAAGAAAAUAGUGUUCUUGAUGAACCUCCUCCAAUUAUUCCAGUUAAUUAGGGAGCUGCAAACGCUUAGUAGUCUGAUUAAAAUAAUAGUGUCGCUGCUGAUAAUUCUGUAUCUAAUUUAGGAUCUGGCGCACAAACACCCAGCUAGGCAUAUGAUCCAAAAUAAGCUCUUACUAGACCAGUAAAUUAUAGAAAUGCGAGAGAUUUGAAAGCAAAAGCAAAAGAAAAAGAAAAAUAAAAACCUCGUCCAGCAGCUUUUAACUUCAUGUAAUAGUAAAAGGUAGAGGAAAAUAUGAGCAAUUAUGAUAGCACAGCUAAUAAUUUCGAUAGCACUGAAUAAAAUAUUUAAAACAUAGAAUCAAAUAAUUAAUUAUCAAGCGAUGCUAAUCUAGGAUUGCAAUUUAACAAUCAAGAAGUAAGCUAAGUAAAUAUCUCUGAGAUCUUGGAGAGCUUGAAUAGUUAGAUACAGUUUAUUAUCAAAUCCUUACCAGAUUAGAUUGCAAAAGAAACUGAGUUUAUUGAUUUUGAAGAGAUAGAGUCUCGCAUAUAAGAACAGGCUUCUCUUAAUGCUGAAAAAAUCUUUAAAUAACUAAAAGAGGAGAUUUUUAAGCAGAAUAAAUUAAACACAAAGAUUAUACGUAGAAUGCAAAAUUCAUAUGAAGAAUAAAUUAGACAACUAACUCAUGACUAUAUGGAUUUAAUGGACUAAAGUAUUGCUUAAGAAAGACAUCUUAUUGAAGAUGAAACUCUUAAUAGCACUAUUGACAGUAGUGUAAUAGAAUUCUGCAGUAAGCAAUCUGAGAAGAUCAAGCAACUGUAAACUGAGUUGAUGAAAAAGCAAUGCAUGAUGGGUAAAUAAGACAAUAAAAAUAUGGAAGUAAUCAAGAAUAUGGUAGAUAAAAUAAACUAACUCGAGAACAAACUCCUGAAAUACACAGAUAUGGAACUAGAAAAUGAAAAUUUACAGAAAAUUAAUUAAUAGUUGUAAAAAUUAAGCAAACAAAGCUAGGAGUAAGCUGCAAAAGUUUUUGGAAUUAAGCAUUAGAAUAUGCAAUCUAUAUCAACAAUUAAUUAACAGUUAGCAGAGUAGAUUCACAGUAGAUAAUAGCUAAUAGAUACUUUGCAUCAAGAGAUAACACAAAAAAAUAGAGCUAUCCAUGAAUUAUAAGCAAAGAAUACAAAUUUACAGAAUAUUUCUUAUGAAAAAGAAGAAAGGAUAACUGAAUUGCAAAAUAUAUUAGAAGAAAAAGAACUAGAAAUAAACGAUUUAAAUAAGAAGGAAAGUCUUUUAAAUGAAGACAUUAUGAGACUUAAGGAUACUUUAGUGGCAAUACAAGAUGAGCUGAUUGCUAAGAAGCAAGAAAUUUCUCAUCAUAUAAAUGAUUUAACAUAGCUUUAAGAAAAGAAUGAGAACUACGAGCAAAUAGAAUAAAAUAUGAAUGAAGAGUUGGUUAAUCUAUAAUUAGAGUACAACAACUAUAGGGAAGAAGUGGAAGAAAAAAUAGAAAAAUUAACUUUGGAAAUAAAAGAAAUCAAUUUACAAAAGGACGAACUUUAAGAAUAGCUGGAUUAGAUUUAGACCUAGAAAUAAUCUUUGAGCGAAGAAAGAGAUGUUUUAAUUUAAGAAAAAGAAGAUCUUAUUCAAAAUAAUUAAACUUUAAUCUAAGAAAAGGAAAAUUUAUAAGUGGAAAUAGAAAGCUUACAAACUAGCAUGGAAUAAUAGAAAGAUGCUUUUGAUAAAGAGAUAGAUGCUUUUGAAGAGAUCGUUUUAUAAAUAAUAGAGAAAGGAAGUUCUGGUGAUUAAGAUCAUCACGCUAGCUUACAACAACCAAAAUUAACAUCACUUAUAGAGAUUUUAAACAAAAAAAUGGUUGAAGUAUAAAGUUAAAAGGAGCAUUUAGAAUAAGAAAUGAAGUAUUUAAAUUAAGAUAUAGAAAAUGAAAAAAUGACUGUUGAGCAGCUUUAUUAAGAAUGCGAUAACUUGGCUGAAGAGAAAAAUAUCAUGGCUUAAAAUUAUGAUAAUGCCUUAGCUGAAAAGAAGCAAGUUUGUGAACUUUUGGAAGAAAAAACUUAAUAAUUAAGAGAACUUUAGGAGAAAGAAUAAAAUAAAGAAAAUGACUUUUAACAUUUUGAAAACCAAAUUAAAGAAAAAGAGGCUUAAAUCUUAGAAUUAGAGAAUAAAUUAUAAGAAAUAAAUAAAACAACAGAAGAGGUGAACUCAGAACUUAAAGAAAAAAUAGAUGUUUUACAUGAAAAAGAAGAGACUAUCAAGAUAUUAAAAGAGAGCUUAGAUAAUUAUAAUAUAAAAUAUAACACUAAAGUAAGUGAAUUGUAAGAAAUUCAUGAUUAUAUUUCGUAAAUGCAAAACGAUAUUAAGCAAAAAGAAGCUUAAAUUGAAGAAAGUAAUUAGUUGAAUCAGUAGCUUUCAAAUCAAUAUCAAGAACUUCAGAUCUAAAACGAGAACUUAAUUUAUCAAAAUUAAAAUAACUUUAAUUAAGUUGACUUGCUAUCUAAAUAAAUACAAGAGUAAAACUAACUGAUCGAAGAUCUUAAUUUAGAAAAAAAUACUCUUUCCACAACACUUUUCUCCAAUUAAGAGCUAAUUAAUUCUUACAAGUUAAAGCUGGAAGAACUUCAAUAAGCAUUUGAGUUUAAUAAUACAACUAUCUCAGAAUAUGAAAAAUAAAUUGCAGAGUUAAAUUCAACUGUUUCUUAGCUCAAUCUCUUGUGCUAAUAAAAAGACAGUGAAUUACAGAACUAUAAGCUAUAUGAAGAGAAAAUUUCUAACCAUCAAUUGAUAGACAAGGAAGAAUAUGAUAGAAAAGAAAAAGAACUUAGAGAAAAAAUAGAAAAUUUAAGUAAAGAAAUUUAUGAGUUGAAUCGUUAAAAUGAUGAGCAGACAAACGAAUUUGCAAAUAAAAUUAUCACUUUAGAAUCAUUGAAUACAGAUUUGAAUGAUCAAAUGGAACAAAUUAGAAGUGAAAAAGAUAAACAAAUACAAUUAGUGAAAGAAAAAUACUAACAACUUGAAAGCGAAUAUCGUGGAUAAAUCGAAGAGUUGUAAAGCCAAUUAAAAUGGGAGAAGUAAAUAAAUGAAGAUUCCGAUCUCCACUCAAAUAAGAAAUUAGAAGAAAAUUAUGAAUUUAAUGAAAACUCAGCAGAAGGAUAAGUUCGUUCAGGUAAUUUAGGAAGCUAAAACAAUUAAGAUUCAAGAUAAGAAUUAGAUAGUUAUAAAGAGAGAGUUAAUAUUUUGGAAGUCUAAAUUAUAAAGUUAAAGAAUGAUUUGUAGACAAGCUAAAACACAAACACUGUUAUUGAAAGACAAAUCAAAGGUCUACAUUCUACAAACGAAAACUUCGCUAAAGAAAUAGAUUCAUUGCUAAUAAAACUAGAUAAUGAAUAAAAGAAAUACAUAGCAUUGCAAAAGGAAACUGAAGAAUAAAUCGAAUCCAUCACUGAUGAGAAAAGACACUUAAAGAUGAACUUUGAUGAACUUUUAGAAAAAAUGAAUGAAUCCGAAAACUUUGAGAGAUUAAAUUAGUUGUAAAAAGAAAUAGAUUCUUUAAAGAUUUAAAAUGAGCAAUUGCAAAAGCAACUUUCACUUCCUCAAGUUGGUUCACAAAUUGAGAGAUAGUCUUCUAUAUAAAUUCAAAACUAAGGACAGGUUGUACAAAAAAGUGAAUAAAAUGUUGAUAAACCAGCUAAGAAGAGUGGCAGUGAGGAAAUUCAUGAAAUUAAUCUUGUAAAUGAUAUUCUUAGAUCUCCAAUAAGUUAAAAACCAGAUAAUCAGCCAAGCUCAUAGGUUUCAUCUCAAACCUUAAUUGACAAAGAUUAAAAAAAAGGUGGAUUUUUCAAUACACUUGCAGGCAUUUUCCUGACAGAAAAAGACAGAUAAAUGCUUGGACAAUAACCCUAAAAGCAGUGA